GAGGCCCCGCCCGGGCCUGGCGCAGCUUCCGGGGCAGCCGCGGCCGUUCCGGGCGGCGCGGGCGCCAUGGGGGUGACGAGACAGAAGCACGCGAAGAAGAUCAUGGGGUUCUACAAGCACAACUUCCAGUUCCGCGAGCCCUUCCAGGUGCUGCUGGAUGGCACCUUCUGCCAGGCCGCGCUUCGCAACAAGAUCCAGAUCCGGGAGCAGCUGCCCGGGUACCUGGACGGCGCCACGCAGCUCUGCACCACGCGAUGUGUCAUAAAAGAACUUGAAUCACUGGGGAAAGCACUGUAUGGAGCAAAAUUAAUUGCCCAGAGAUUUCAAGUUCGAAACUGUUCUCACCAUAAGAAUCCUGUGAGUGGUUCAACCUGUUUACUUUCCAUGAUUGAAGAUGGCAACCCUCAUCACUUCUUUAUUGCUACACAGGACCAGGACUUAUCAAAAAAAGUGAAAAGGAAGCCUGGUAUUCCUCUCCUCUUUAUUAUUCAGAACACUAUGGUGCUAGACAAACCUUCUCCUAAGUCUUUGGCAUUUGUUCAAAAGUUGCAGACAAAUCAGCUUGUUCCAGAGUACCAAAAACAAAGUAUUGUGGAGCUUAAAGAAAAAGAAGGACUAGUAAAGCAAGAAGGUGAAAAGAGAAGAAAACGCAAAAGGGCAGGAGGCCCCAAUCCUCUCAGCUGUCUGAAAAAGAAAAAGAAGAAAACACAGGAGGGUCAGGAGCCUUCUGCUGAAAAGAAGAAAAGAAGAAAAAGAAAACGAAAUAGAGUUAAAGCAGAAGCCAUGCAGUCAGUGCAGAAGAAUGAAGGAGAAUAAACCUAUCUUUGAAGACAACACAGAACGUGAACAUUGUUUGACCUUGGGAAAACAAAAGAUAGAUUAAUAUGCAGUCAUAUGAAACUGAAUUGUUAAUAUUAAAAUUUAUUUUUAUGAGGUG